AUGUCUUCUGAUACUAAAACUGCCUCUAAAGCUCCAGCUGAAAAAAAGCCAGCCUCUAAGACUGCUGCUUCUACUGAUAAAAAAAUGAAGAGAUCUAAGGUCAGAAAGGAAACAUACUCUUCUUAUAUUUACAAGGUUCUAAAACAAACUCAUCCAGAUACCGGUAUUUCUCAAAAGUCUAUGUCUAUUUUGAAUUCUUUCGUAAAUGAUAUUUUUGAAAGAAUUGCUACUGAAGCUUCUAAAUUAGCUGCUUACAAUAAGAAAUCUACUAUUUCUGCUAGAGAAAUCCAAACUGCUGUCAGAUUGAUCUUGCCAGGUGAAUUAGCUAAACAUGCUGUCUCUGAAGGUACUAGAGCUGUUACUAAGUAUUCUUCAUCUACUCAAGCUUAA